AGUCUACUUGAUGGAGUUGGUCAUGAGAUAUUCUUUGCCCGAACCUGGUAUCCACGUUUUCCGUGCACUUGUACAAAACUUGGUAAAGAGGAAAAACAAUUGCGUAUGGACUCCAAGAACUUGGUAGACCGGGAACAUAAAAUAUUCGAAUCAGACGAUAUUUCCGAGAGUAGCUCAGCCAGCGUCUGCCUCCGGCAUUAGGUGAGAGAUUCAGAAACAACUGAAAGGGGAUAGGAAAAAGCAGGUAUGAGAAAACUGGUUCUGAAGUCUCUGGCCGGUAGCGUUUCAUCGUUGACGCCGAACUGGUGGAAUAAGAUCAACGGAUCAGUUGAAUGGCAAGAUGGGAUCUUUUACUCUCUAUGUGCUACAUAUGCCCUCGUAUCUAUUGUUGCCCUUAUUCAAUUGAUAAGAAUUCAGAUGAGAGUGCCUGGGUAUGGAUGGACAAUACAAAAGGUUUUUCAUCUCAUGAACUCCAUCGUAAAUGGAGUCCGUUCUGUGGUCUUCGGUUUUCACAAAAAAGCAUUUCUUUUCCAUCCCAAGGUGCUUACUAUUGCACUAUUAGACGUUCCUGGAUUGCUUUUCUUCUCCACAUAUACACUUCUGGUCCUGUUUUGGGCUGAGAUAUAUCACCAGGCUAGAAGUUUGCCAACUGAUAAGCUCAAAACCUUUUAUGUAUCAAUAAAUGCUGUAAUAUACGUCAUACAGUCUGGUAUAUGGGUGUAUCUCUGGUUUAAUGAUAAUAGUGCCAUGCGUGUAAUUGGGAAUAUCUUUAUAGCAGUUGUUUCAUCAGUGGCAGCAUUGGGGUUUUUGCUGUAUGGGGGAAGGCUUUUUUUCAUGUUGAGACGCUUUCCUAUUGAAUCCAAAGGAAGAAGAAAGAAACUUCAUGAGGUUGGAUCUGUGACAGCCAUAUGUUUCACCUGUUUUGUGAUCAGAUGCUUUGUGGUUGUGUUGUCUACAUUUGAUUCUGAUGCAUCACUUGAUGUUCUGGACCACCCAAUGUUGAACUUGAUAUAUUACCUGGUGGUGGAGAUUCUGCCUUCAGCUCUAGUUCUCUACAUCCUGCGUAAACUGCCUCCGAAGCGAGUCUCAGCCCAGUACCAUCCUAUUCGUUAGUCAAAGAAUCACUGUUGUCUUCUUGUCUUCUAAAAAUCGGAGUGAGAUGAGCAACUGCGGGGAAGGAGAAAGGUGGUGAUGAAGUUGUCUGUUUCGCUGGGAGAAGUUGAUCUUGAGCCAACGUGUUCCACUCAAUUCAUUUUUUUUAUAUGUUGUAGGGGAAUAUGUAAGAGUGUUGUGCUGUAUGGAAAUAUUAGAAGUUAUAUGACAAUGUGAAUUUAGGUGUACCAUUUCUAAGAAGUGGCACCCAGACAAGGCAUUAUGUACCGUAUUUGGGCGCUGUCUUUGGGCGCCAGUUCUUUGAUGGAUUGUUAUUAAAUAUUAAGUAAUUGCCCUUACUAGGAGUAAAUACAUUACAUAUGCCUUUUCUUUGUAUAGGAGUCCAACAUAAUUUUUUUCCUAAAUAGGACUAAAAAUUAAUCUUCUAUUCUUAAUAA